UAACGUUUUCCAACCGGUUUUAUUUCAAAUAUACUUUCUGUUCUCAUCAAAAAUCUAUACUUCCAAAAUGAUUCGUGGAGCCAGAAUUCCAUUUUUAUCCCGCUCACCAUUAUGGCUUUUAAGGACCUAUCAGAAUUACUCGAGUGAUGGCAAGGAACAAAAUGCUCUCAAGCGUUUGGGCACCAGUCCCAGAAAUGUUCGCGAUCACCCCGAGGGAUGUACUCCCCAGAACCUGAAUACAAUGGCCUUCGUCUCCCCGGAUUUUAUACCCCCAUCUACCUACCGAAUUGUGGAAGAAGCCGAGCAGCUGGGACCCAAAGCAGGAAAAAAGGAAAUCUACAAGAAUCCGGAGUACUACAGCUACUAUCGAUACUCUUACUACGACCUUACAACAAUCGUUGAUACCAUUAAAAAAAAGCAAUCAUCCAAAAAGUAAUAAUAAACAUCACCCAAU